AACCGAAGCAAUAAUACAAAAAAUACAACAGAAAAAAAGAAACUAUUGAAUUGAAUUGUAUAAAGCGAAUAUCGAGAACAAGAAUAUUAAACGCUUCUGCUGCUAUACGACAACAUAAAAAGAACAAAAAUUAACAAAACGCCAGCACUGUUUCGCUUUUCAUUCCCUUUGCCUGUCAUUCCAAACCAAGCAACACCAUCAGACUAAAAUCAAUAAUUUAGUUGUGUGGUUUUCGCGGCUUUUUGUGUUUUCUUUAAAAAACAAUCAAUACCCGAAGGUAACGUGUGUAGUAAAAUAACAAUUCACCUCAGUGUGCGUUUGCAUUCGUUGACGCUUGACAUAUUGAAUGGGCACAGAAACGAAGAGCAACAGUUACACAGGACAGAUUUCAACAAGUGGCGGCAACCCUAAAGUGAUGAAAGAUUCUUUAUCUUUAGUUCGUCAAGCGGUCAAACAGCAGCAAUCGAAUCAAAUCAAUUUGAAUUCAAAUUCGAACACCAAUCCGAAUCCGAACUCCAACUCCAACACCAACACCAACUCCAAUUCGAUAACAUAUUCAAGCGAACAACAACAACAGAACAACACGGGUGAUAUUGAUAUACGACCAGCCAAGCAGGAGGAUAAUAACACACGAAGCAUAGCGAAAGAUACGGUUGUGCCAUUCGUGCCGAUAUUUGUGGAAGAAGCCGAUGUUAUACAAGGUGCUAAGGAUAUACUGAAAGUAAUACGACCUAAUUGGGACCUCAAUCACGUUGACUUUAAGAAAUUUACAGAUGGCAUAACAAAUAAGCUAGUCGGCUGUUUUCACAAUUGCUCCAAAUUGGGCAACGACAAUGACGAAUCCUAUUUAUCAAUCAAUAAUGCGACGAGAAUUUUGCCAGUCCAAUCGGAGGAUCCGGUUAUCCUAUCCGAUGAAUUUACGACAAUUGAUGGCGAGACAACGGAGCAACAAAAUGAUCUACAAUUACCUAUACAAUACUCCGAUAACGUAGUGCUUGUCCGAGUUUAUGGUAAUAAAACGGACCUACUGAUCGAUCGGAAAGCUGAAACGCAAAAUUUUCAAUUACUGCACACGUACGGCUUGGCGCCAUCCCUCUAUGCGACAUUCAAAAAUGGGCUCGUCUACGAAUAUGUACCUGGCAUUACCUUAAAUACAGAAAGUGUGCUAUGCCCAGAUAUUUGGCCACUGGUCGCUCGCCGCAUGGCCGAGAUGCAUCGUGUGGUUAGGAAGACGAAUGUGGAUGGCAAACCGACGCCAAUGAUAUGGAAGAAGACGCAAAGCUUUCUGGACUUAGUACCUGAACGAUUUAGUGAUGCUGAAAAACACAAAAGAGUGAAAGGAACAUUUUUACCUAUCGGACGACUGCGUGAGGAGUUCAAUAACUUGUACAAAUACUUGGAGGCACUAGAGAGUCCAAUUGUUUUCUCACACAACGACCUGUUAUUGGGCAAUGUCGUCUAUACGAAAUCAAAGAAUGCUGUUAACUUUAUCGACUACGAGUACGCCGAUUACAAUUUCCAGGCCUUCGAUAUUGGCAAUCAUUUUGCGGAAAUGUGCGGCGUCGAUGAGGUCGACUAUACGCGUUAUCCGAAACGCGAGUUUCAGCUCGAAUGGCUGCGCGUCUAUCUCGAGUGCUAUCUGCAGCGGAAUAAUAUCCAAAAUGAAGAGGUCGAACGGCUCUAUGUCCAAGUGAAUCAAUUCGCCUUGGCUGCCCACAUUUUCUGGACAGUUUGGUCUCUACUACAAGCUGAGCAUUCCACAAUUGACUUUGAUUAUGUUGGCUAUGCAUUUCUUCGUUACAAUGAAUAUUUGGCUCGCAAGGAUGAGUUCUUAUCGUUGACUGCAUCAAAGAACAAUAAAUGAUUUUUUCCCAGCAAUAUGCAAAUAAUAAUA